AGUUUCCUAUAAGUUUGAAUAUAACUUUACAUACAUAUCCAUAUAAUGGAAAGUAAUGAAACCAACUCGAAGCCAAUGGACAAAGAUGAGAUGGAGGAAGUACUUCAUUAUAUGAGGGUGGUGCAUGCGUUUAAAGCAUAUAGAAGCUCUUGCCUUCGCCAGCUCGAACAGUGCGAGAAAAACUUUCGCUCGUUAUCAGUCGCGCAUCAGGAAAUGUUGCCCGAUCAUCUUUCUACGAUUGACGAAGCAAAAGUUUGCGUUGACGUAAACGCUGCGUUGAUUACUGAGAUUACAAACUACUGUGGGAAUAUGUUCGAAAAUAAAGAGUAUAGAGAGAUCAAGGAUUGCCACAUCCAGCCCACUUCGUUCGAUCUCGACAAAGUGAAAUCUACGUUGAAACAAAUUGUGAGGGAUUGGUCAGUAGAUGGCGCUGAGGAGCGUGACUUAUGUUAUCGACCAAUCAUAGAAGAGAUCUUGAAGCGGAAACCCCCUAAUACUGAUGAGUCCACAAGUGCAGCAACCAGUGUGAGUAUACUCGUCCCAGGAUGUGGGUUGGGCAGGCUGGCAUGGGAACUCGCAAACAGAGGUUACUUUUGUCAAGGGAAUGAGUUCAGUUUCUACAUGUUGUUUACCUCACAUUUUAUCAUAAACAGAACACAGGGCGACACAGCAGAUGAUUACCAUCAAUAUACCGUACAUCCAUGGAUAGAUAAGAGGUGUAACAACAUAUCAUGGAAGCAUGCCUUAAAAGGAGUGCAGUUUCCUGACAUAAACCCGGGGUGUCUCUCCUUUAAAAACCGAUUCUCGAUCGCUGCUGGAGAUUUUCUUGAAGUUUAUACCGAUGAAGCUGCAUGGGAUUGCGUGGCCACCUGCUACUUCAUAGACACUGCUCAUAACAUAAUAUCUUAUAUUGAACGAAUAUACCACAUACUUAAGCCAGGGGGUGUGUGGGUGAACCUGGGACCUCUUUUAUAUCAUUUCUAUGGUGUUUCUAAUGAAUCCUCUGUUGAGUUAUCUUAUGAAGAAGUUGUGGGGAUUGUGGAAAAAGUCGGGUUUCAAAUUAAGAAGUCAGAUUGGCUAAAAGGACAUUACACUCACAACCCUCAUUCCAUGCUACGGUAUGAAUAUACGUGCGCGUUUCUAGUCGCAGAAAAACCAUAAUUCCUCAAUUCAGUUGCUACAUAUGGUGUAUAAGUUUGUUUAUGACUUUACUGAUCCGCAAACAUGGAUUUGUUGGUCAGUUUAAAUUUAAACAUGACAUACUUACUUACUACUGAUAUCGCUUCAGAUGGCUUUAGUUUUCAAACCGAAACACUGCAAUUAAACAAUUGUAUCUUACAUAUGGGAUGUCAUUUGUAUAGAACUUGAAUGAAAUGCAUAAAACACUGGUUUUGGAUCAGUUAAAUUACAAACAGUACAGCUCAUAUAUAUAAUAUAUUGUCUUUAUGUCUGAUAUCACUAAAGAUGGUUUAGUUUUAAAACAAAAUGUUUUAAAUGAAGAAAAUUGUGCCAUAUAUGAUUAUAGUAUUUGCACUAAUCUUUUUUUGGUGUCAACAAAUAUGCAUGAAUGUGAAAUCAUUUUUGUUGUUUUACAAGUUUUAAUAGAUAAAUAUUGUGUAUUGCGUUUGUAAAACCAGCUGCUGGAAAUAUAAGUUAAAACAAAGCAAUUAAAUUUAUUGCAAUCUAGGUUUAAAAUCUUUUUUUUUGCAAUCUUGGUUUAAAAUGCCUCGCAACUACUGGAUUUUGUUACAGAAAACUUAAAAUAUUUAUCAAGUUUCUGGGACAAUAAGUUCAUUCAGAUAACAAAGCAAUUAAGUUUGUUGCAAUCUGGGUUUAAACUCAUAAAUAUCUCGUAACUACCAGAACGCUGUUCUAGUAAACUUAAAAUAUUUAUCGAGCUUUUGGAACAUCGUUUUAGCUGAAAUCCUGCCGAUAUGUUGUAACAAUAAUGUCAGUUCGAUGUAUUUUAUUAUAGUUGUUGUAACUCUUGUUAAACCUUUAUGAAUAUUUUAAAUCAAACUGUUUUUAAAAGUACAACCAAUCGAUUUGAAUUAGAAUUACUAUGCUGUUUCUAAUACAUGUUUGGGAGUCUAAAGAAAUUUCAUUAUAAACGUAGCAAGUUUUUGGUUUAUUUGGUUGUUUUUGAUACAUCAUCACUGUGUUGUUAAUGUAAUAAAGUGGUUAACCUGUUAAAAA